AUGAGUGAAAGAUUCGUACCUUUAAGAAUAUCCUGUCCAGUAGUUGGAUGUCAAAAUCAGAACAUCUACAAUUGGGUUCAUACAACAAAUAGGUGCUGCAUGGAAAUAUCCAACCGUGCUCAUACCGGCUGUUCGACCGGCUCCAUGGAAAUAUCCAAUCGUGCUCGUAUUAAAUGUACUGGUUGUUCGAAUGUUGAUCAGAUGAUGAAUUGGCGUUUUUCUUGUCCUAAUCACGCCGGAAAUUAUCAGUCAACGGAUCACCAAUCUUUUGUAAAUUCUUUGUCUGUUGCUCUUCGUAUAGGAGAUUACAACGAUGUAAUGACUGAAUUAGUUAAAUAUUUGAUGGAUAAUAGGUGGAAUUGA